UUCUUCCGCUAGGGCGGCGCCAGAGAUUAAUCUGUAACUGGGACUGGACAAUAAAAUGUCAACAAUUCCUUGAAAAAAAAAUGGCCAUUUAAUUAUACUUUUAUGGCGUGAUAAUUAUGGAGGAGAUUGCAAAGGAAGUCUCCUUAUCCCCUGAGGAUGGAGAAGAAAACUCCACGGAGAAUGGUAAAAUAUGGUGUUUGAAACGAGUUGGGAAAGACAGCGGCUGGCUACGACUCUUCGAAAAUACUGAGGUUACCAUUGGACGUGGCCUGAAUGUCACUCAUCAGAUUCUGUCAGUGAGUUGUCCGCUGAUGAUCUCCAGAAACCACUGCAUGUUUAAGCAGAGAGAACAUGGCCAGUGGACAGUGACUGACAAUGAGAGCCUAAAUGGAGUGUGGGUGAAUGGUACUCGGAUAUCCCCUGGGAAACCUCACAUUCUGCAGCGGGGUGAUAUUGUGCGAUUUGGCGUCCCAUUGGAUGGUAACCCAGUUGAGUUCGAGUAUGUUCUUCUCCACUCCACCCUUGACAAAAUCAAAGAUUUCUUGACAAAAACAACUGCUGCAGAAGUCAAAGCUUUGACAUCCAAAUCAAAAAAGUUUAAGCGAAAAUUUGGCACAGAUGAGACAGAGUCGAUCAACCCACCAGACUCGAAACCGAAGCUCUAUCGCACGACUAACACAGAUAAAUCUCACAGCCAGCCCUGUCCCACAGCAACAGUCCCCGAUCAGGCUGGACCUAGUCAACCAUCCGGGAGCUUCACUCAGUGUAGUGACAGCAGCCAGCAUCUGACUACCUUAAAACGCUACAGCGACAACCUGAAAGCUUUAAAGGAGCGUAUGGGGGCCACACAGAAGCGAGCAGCUGAGUUAGAGGGGCAGGAAGGCUCAAGUCUAGAGCAGCAGAAGGAAAUGGAGGUUCUGCAAGAGCAGAUGAAGCUUCUACGAGGCGAGUUAAAAUCGCAGCAGGAACUGGCACAGCAACGCAUGGAGAUCCUGGAGAGGUCUGUGUGUGAGGAGGAGAGACGACUGGCGACGGAAAGAAGCCAGCAGAAAGAAGAUGGCCUGAAAAAACAACUCGAGGAGGCUUUAAAAGAGCACUGUAGAGUAAUAGAAGAGCUCAAACACGAAAGAGAAGGAUUUCAAGAAGUUCUUCAGGCCAAAGACAAAGAGCUAGAAGUUACCAAGGAGGAGAAAGAGCGGGCAAGGGCUCAGAAGGAAGAGGUAGUCACACAGAUGACAGAAGUGCUGGAGAAUGAACUGCAGUGCAUCAUCUGCGCUGAACUCUUCAUCGAGGCUGUGACCCUGAGCUGUGCUCACAGUUUCUGUCAGCACUGUAUCGCAGACUGGCGGAGACGCAGAGACGAGUGCCCCAUCUGCAGGCAGCCCAUUGUGUCACAGGCUCGCUCUCUGGUGCUGGACAACUGCAUUGACCGCAUGGUGGAAAACCUGAGCACUGCGAUGAGGGAGAGGAGAACGGUACUCAUCAGCCAGAGGAAAGGUGAGAGGUCAGCAUAAAUCACCUUCUGUUGGACUGGUAGUGAUCCAGGAUGAUGGUGACAGAGAUCCAUCAGUUCAACCAUCUAACACAGCAAAGGCAACCUGGUGAAGCCCUGUGUAAAUAAUAUCAAUGUGUAUGAUCAAUAGUAUGAAUGUGAAAACCACAGCUAUGAACUUGUUGCUGUUUGUAGAUAAUUGUCAUAUUUGUUAGUUUUUCUUUUUGUCUUACCAAUAAAGCAGAUUAGAUUGUCAUUAA